AAGUUAUUAUUAAAAAUAUGUCGAGUGUUACAAGCAGUGAUUUUACUUCAAGUAAUCAAGUUCGAGAUGAAAGUGAGAUACGUGUUUUAACAGAAAUUUUAAAUAAACCAGAAAUUUCGAUGGACUCAAUUAAAAAUCGUGUUCCAAGGCCGGCAUUAACGCACAAACUCAGAAAAAUUUCGAAAUCGUUGAAAGAAAACGAAGUUGAAUUACUUCUUAAAAAAAAAUGUUCAGAGGGAGGAUUGCUUAAAUAUGCCGCCCGAGUUGGUGAUAUUAAAUUGGUCAAGCUACAAAUUCGCCAAGGUGCAGAUGUUAAUGCUUCAGGAGUAAAAAGCAGUUCUCCACUCCACGAGGCAGCAUGGUAUGGACAUCCCAAGAUCAUUAAGCUUCUUAUCAAGAAUGGAGCACAUCUUGAAUCUGUAUCAAAUGGACCAACAAAAUAUGGAUAUACUCCGCUACAUCUUGCAUGUUUAAAUAAUAAAAUUGAGUGUGUAAAAGUUUUAUUGAAAUAUGGAGCAAGUGUUACCCCAAAAUCCGUCAAUGCUCACCAUCCAAUCCACACCGCGGUAUUUAAGAACUAUGUUGAAAUAGCGGCGUUGCUUUUGAACCAUGGCGCAGACGUGAAUCUAAGAUUUGACAAUACAUUUUUUUAUAAUGAAUGGGACGAGUCGAUUUAUUGGAAGGACAUGGAUUUAACGCUGCUACACUGCUCGAUUGCUCGAAAGUACGAAGAAAUGACUGCAUUGUUGUUGGAGCAUGGAGCUGAUAUUCAUCUAAAGACAAGGUCAAAUAAAACAUCAUUGAUGCACGCUGUUGAAGCAAAUGAUCCCGAGUUGGUUAAAUCAUUUUUGGCGAAAGGUGCAAACCCCAAUGAUCAAGAUAUUUAUGGUGAACCAGUAUUGUUCUUCACGGUCUUAAACGCCAAUAAUCAUAAUCAAUCUAUGUAUUAUAAUAAACGAGAAUUUUAUUUCUCUAGAGAGAAAUUGGAAGUAGUUCAACUUUUGUACGCUGCCGGAGCUGACAUCAAUGCGAAAUUUGGAUCAAAUGGAUCUUCUAAUUCACUUGUGUACUACACGAGUAUGUAUGGACAAGUCUCGAUCACUGUAUUUGUACUUCAUGAUACCAAUUUCAAUUGGCGGAACAUUGAUUAUGCAACAAUUAAGGCUUCAAGAUUCACAGAGGAAGCUAGCUCCCCAAAUGAUCGCUAUGAUUUUAAAUACAUUGAAUGUCUCAGGAAGUAUUUAGAUAUUUCGAAAACAGUGUUAUUGUACUACACCAUCAGUAGACACAUGAUCGGUUUUCCAGUAAAAGAAGAAUUGUUAUCAGCAAUAUACUACUCUUCAGAUCUCCGUGUCAGCCCAGACUACGCACAGAAAAUUGAGUCUAUUAAAAAAGACAUUGAAGCCGAUAUCAGAUAUGCAAAACAAACAAUGUUUGGAAAUACUAAAAUUUCUUUAUGGCAGCUACUGACUUGUAAAAUGACGGAAUUAGUUAGACUUUCAUUUUAUAAAGACUUUCGGAGUUUAUGUCGGAAAGAUUAUCUUGGUAAUUUUUGUUACUUAUAUAGUAUAUUUGAAUUUCGGUUGAAAACUGCCAUCGAAAGAAGUACUUCAAUAGAAAAAAGUAGCAAAAUAUUGUUUGAUAUAUUUUACAAUCAUUUACCGUAUGAUUGUUGCGAAAAAAUUGCAACAUGUUUUGAUGAUAAAGAAUUAGAAAAUUUUAUAAAAAAUUCUAGUAACGAUAUAGUUUGUUAA